AUGUCAUCCCCACCUGUCCCCAUCCCGCAACCCAUCCUCGACCGCCUCUCGCACUUUUACGUCCCCCGCCUUCCCUGCACUGCCCCCAGACGCCCAUCAACUUCAGUAACUCCGCCCAUCAACGAGACUGUACCGAAGACGUUUCAGUUCAAGUUGACGCUUGUCCAUGAGGCAUUAAACACACCCUAUGUGCGAUCUUAUUUCGCGGCACUCAAGCUUUCCGAGUUGUCAGACAACGGGGCUGUAGGCUCUAGGUUCAUCUACGGUCAUCGCGCUGCGCAGAAAAAGGAGUUGGACCUAGAACUGGGUCUGACAGGUGUGUUGCUGGAGACGUACUUUGGCGCUGUCAAUGAGUGCUUGUUGGCGGAUGACCCUCGCAAUGAUGCGCACAAAUCGGACAACGUGCCCCUCGGCUGCCGGUCAUAUGGCCUCGUCGGAGGAGAUUCAUCAGGAACACCAGACAUAGACCUUUGUGAGCUCCGGAGGCUUCGCCUUGUGUUUGUGGAGGUGAAACCGGACAAUGUUGUUCCCCUCGGUGCGCUGCAGGCGAUGGACAAUCAUGUGUUAGCGGGCGCUACGUUCAAUGGUCACAUUGUCUCCCUUGCCUGGCCGACGAUCUCUGAGGAAUCGGCGUACGACAACGACAUUGAGCGGGUUUUACGUCAAUUCGCGAAGUGUGAUUCUGUCAAAUAUGUCCUCCUCACGACCGACCAAGGAGGCAGACUCUUUCGGCGCAUCCCCGAAGCGAUUCAGAUGUCCCAUUUGAUUCCUGCUCGCGGCCAAUGCUCGGCUGUGGCGCCUGUUAACAACCUUUUCACGGUCAUCCUGGCACUGGCGGUCCUCCCCGGCGCUGACCUCGCCCCCAACAUCCCAUCACUUCCGGGUCGUGUAACGCGAUCUGCCACAAACAAUCCUCAGCUUCCGCUGCCCGUCGACCAAGAGGAGAAUCAGGCGGCGACUUCCUCGCUCAUCCCAGAGGGUUUGUUGUCAUUGUCGCCCGAGGUGAAGGUAGUCGACGUGGCUCUUCCUUAUCUUCCGGAUAUCCUCGACUUCACAGUCACUGCAGCACGCGACACAUGUGAUCUCGAGUACCAUGCCGCCUUGUUUUCACGCGACCUCGAGUCCGUCCGCCUUCGUGGUCCCGUCUCGCUUUCCUCCUUGUCGCGUCUCUCGGCCUCCUCGGCCCAGCCCACCCUAGAGCCCCCUCCCAUGGUCCCCGAAGCCACGGUUACCAUCGCUGUCUCUGAGCGCAUUGGUCAAGGGGUUAUCUGGAACGCCUUCCGAGGCGAGCUAGGACCCACGCGUGAACCCGUCGUCGUCAAAAUCUGCCGUCUUGGCCCAUCAGAACUCGACAAGGACCGGCACCGCCACGUCAACGGGGAACUUGCUGUUUACGCAAGGCUGGCCGACGUAGAGGUUGUCCCGCGUAUCCAUUCCGUCUGGACGGGGGCGGCACACUUUGGAUGGGUGUAUGUGGGCGACGAACGCGUGGCGCAGGAGGAGGUGGUGUGGGCCGUGGUAAUGGAUGAUGCCGGGCGACCUGCGACCAUCGCAGAAAUUCUUGGACCUCUGCGAUCGGAAAUUCUCGCAGCUUAUGAAAGUCUGCACGGUCACGGAAUCUUGCAGAAUGAGAUUGAGCCAGACAACUGGCGUGUCGACAGAAAUGGACGCAUUCGCCUGAUCGACUUCAGCCAUGUAUCGCUGUUGUCAGCUGGCAGUGACGACAGCCGAGAGGAAUAG